AUGUCUGAACCCAGCCAAAACUCUGAGGAGGAGGUAUGUCCCGAGGACAUCGACGAGGACGAAAUCCUGGCGAAUCUCUCUCCCGAAGAGCUCAAGGAGCUACAGUGUGAAAUGGAAGUGAUGGCUCCGGACCCCCAGGUCCCCGUCGGGAUGAUACAGAAAGACCAGACCGAGAAAGCACCGACUGGGAGCUUCGACCACCGUUCUCUCGUCGACUACCUGUACUGGCAGAAGGCGUCCCGGCGCAUGCUCGAGGACGAGAGAGUUCCCGUCACCCUCCUGCCCUCAGAGAGAAACGCUGCGGAAGAGGCAGGAGGAGAUGCAGGCAACACCGACAGCGCUGAGAGCAGGAGGUGGCCUGAGGUGGAGAAGGAGAGACAUUACCAAAAUGAGCACGUGUCCAACUCACUAGCGCCGACUGCAGAAACGAGCAAAGACGCAAGUGAUAAGGAGGUAGAGGAAGAGGAGGAGGAAGAAGAAGAAGAAGAAGAAGGAGAAGAGGAAUAUGAGGAAGAGGAGGAGGAGGAGGAGGAGAGGGAAGAGCAUGAUGAGAAAGAAUUGCAAACAACAGAGACUGACACCAAUGAAAACAGUCACAGAGAUCAGAUAAGUAAGGAGUCAGGUACAGACUCAGAGGAGCUCACUGAAAAGCAAGAGGAAAAUGAAAAGAAAGUAUCAAAAUUAAACAUACCCAAAAAGUUGGCACUGGAUGCCAGCUUCAUAAAGUUGAGUGCCAGACCCUCAGGAAAUCAAACCAAUUUAGAAGAGAGUUUGGAGAAAGUUCGUAAAAACAAUCCGGACGUGAAAGAAGUCAACCUGAACAACAUCGAAAACAUCCCCAAAGAAAUGCUGAUAGACUUUGUAAAUGCCAUGAAGAAGAACAAGAAUGUCAAGACGUUCAGUCUGGCCAACGUGGGCGCUGACGACAACGUUGCCUUUGCACUGGCCAACAUGCUGCGCGAAAACCGGAGCAUCGCCACUUUGAACAUUGACUCCAACUUCAUCUCGGGCAAGGGCAUCGUGGCCAUCAUGAGGUGCCUGCAGUACAACGAGAGCCUCACGGAGCUGCGCUUCCACAACCAGCGCAGCCUGCUGGGCCACCAGGCUGAGAUGGAGAUCGCGCGGCUGCUGAAGGCCAACCCCACGCUGCUCAAGAUGGGCUACCACUUUGAGCUGCCGGGGCCCCGCAUGGUGGUCACCAACCUGCUGAGCAGGAACCUGGACAAGCAGCGGCAGAAGAGGCAGCAGGAGCAGCGUCAGCAGCAGAUGAAGGAGCAGCGGGAGCUCAUAGCCAUGCUGGAGAACGGACUGGGGCUGCCGCCGGGCAUGUGGGAGAUGCUGGGGGGGCCCGUGCCACAGGCAAUGCCACAGGAGCCUCCACCAGCGCCCAAGCCACCCGCUCCCCCCACCAUGCCGCCGAGCAAGAGGAGGGAGAGCGCGGGGCCGCCGGCGCCCGCACAGCCGCCCGCCACACAGCCCGUCUCCUUCCGCGUCAUCAAGCUCAAGAAGACGCAGCGCAAGCCUGCUGUGCCCGAGUACGUGGAGCCCGCAGAGAAAACCAACCUCAAGGACGUCAUCAAAACCCUCAAACCAAUUCCCCGGAGGAGGCCGCCCCCGUUGGUCGAAAUCACCCCGAGGGAUCAGCUCCUCAACGACAUCCGGCAGAGCAACGUGGCUUAUCUGAAGCCGGUGCCAUUGCCAAAGCAGUUGGAGUAACAGACCAGACGGACCUGAAGAAAACACCUUGGAAUAAGGACUGUGCGAGUUUUGCUGACAAUUUUUUCACCAGAUGUCUUCUUCAGCAGCCAGGUGGUGUAUGUGACUCUUUGGGAACAAAGCUUGCAAAAGGCACUUUUGUAAGCGUGAUGAAAAAGGCUGGAACAGGAGAAGUCGAUGUUAAGGGUUUCCACCAGCUACUGAACAAUCACGGUGCCGUCCGUCUGCCCCAUGGACCGGAGGCUCCAGUUUGCUGUGGGAGUUAUUUUCUCAGAGGCAUCGAUAACCUUAAAUCUGUGUGGUUUGUCAGUAAACAACUCUUCCAUGUUGUCCUCCUAUGUUCACAUUUUCUUUCCAGGAACAUGUUGUGCUUUAUCUUAUCCUGCUUUUCACAACAUGCUCCUUGCUUUACUCUCCUGUCCAUGAGAAACGCAUUUGGUUUCUGUGUAAACAGCUUUAUUUUUAAGGCUGAGGAAACAGAAAUGAAA